AUGGGUUAUAAAUGCGGUCCGGGGAUUUUAAAUACCAUUACAAGAGUUCUGGCUGGUGAUCCGGGGUCGGUAAAGCCACAGUAUGCGGCACCCAAAGAGUUAAAAAUACAAGUUUGGUUCGAUAACAUCAGAAUCAGUGGUCCACACAAAAAGGUGGAAGUUUGGGGGCAGCAAAUUUUGAAGAACAUGCAACUCUGCGGUGCCACCAUCGGAGAGGAGAAGCCAAACACAAAGGAAUACGAUUUCAUAGGAGCACAUUUCAAUCACAAAAACAACAAGGUUUCUUUAAGCGGCAAAACAAUAAAGAGGUUACGUCCAACUCCUUCCCUGGAUGGCACGAAUGUAGAGGAAUUGGAGAGCACGGUUUCGCGUAUGAUGCACGCGGGAGGGGUAAGAGGUGAAUCCCUUUUCCCUUAUUAUUUCUUCUUAAAAAUUGUACGUCGACGUUUGUCACGUUUAAAUCGAGGUUUAAUAAGGCCACAAGACAAGGCAAAUUUAUCCUCAACGGCAAAGGACAUCGGACACAGUUGGCUCCAAACAUUAGUAACGAAUGAGCCGGUUCAUCCUCCUCAGCAGUUGCCAUCCACGGCAACGCUGACAACAGACGUCUCCAUGUACGGAUGGGGGGCGCUGUUAUUUAAGGAUUCAGGGGAGGUUUUGGCCGCGGGUGGUGCGUGGGAACGCGCACCUCAUAUGAUAUCGCCAGCGUAG